AUGCCAUCCUCUAGCGCGCCGCACAGCUUCAAUAAGCACGGUCACAGCCAGUUGAUCGAGUGGAUCGUGCGCGCGCUGAAGCGGCUGCCCCAGGAGAUGCAGGCCUGCUUGCAGCGCUACCACCUGCAUGCGGAGUCCAAGGAGCCGCUGAAGGUGGGCACCGCUUGCUCGGGAACAGAUUCGCCAGUUCUGGUGGCGCGCGCCUACGCGGAGGCAGUGCGCCAACUGUGGGGAGCAAAUCGCGAAGUAGAACACGUCUUUUCUUGCGAGAGGAACGCUAAAAAGCGACACUUUUUGGCCAAUAUGUUCUGCAACACAUUUGACUCCUCGCACGCAAUGGGCAGCCUCUAUGAGGAUGCGGUUGACCUUCAGUUCGGGCCGGAGGGCAUGAGCCUGGACGUUCUUUCUGACAAUAUUUCGGAGGUGGGAACGUGCUGUGAUCUUUGGGCAGGCUUUCCUUGUCAGGACGUGUCCAAGCUGAACCCGGCCGCGGGCCAGAACAGGUCAGUCAUAAAGGAUUCUGCAAAGAGGACAGGGGCGGUCUUCAAUUAUGUCCUGCGCUAUUUCGCGAAGGUCUCUGAUCCUGGCCGAGCUCUCCUAUUGGAGAACGUUCUUGGCCUUUUGGACCGGCCGCCAGGCAUCAACCCAGAAACCGGCCAAGACUUCCGAUCAAAUUUGGAACACUGCAAUCACUUGGCCAGCAGGGCAGGACUGCGCAUGUUUUCCUUUGUUUUGGACCCACGAUGCUUCGGUGUCCCAGUUUCACGCCAGCGAGUUUGGAUGUUCUGCUUGCCACUGGACUUGUGGCACGCCACAAUGGGCGAAGCUUCGCUGGAGUCAACACAGGAGCUAGCUGGUCACUUGAUGACCUGCCUUGCGGACCCCAUCACGCGUGACCUUGACGACUUCCUGCUUCCUGACACUCACCAGCUGCUGCAAGACGAUUUUGAAAAAGCACGGACGUCUUACAUCAAGCGCAGCGCUUCUGCGGCCAAGGGGCAUGCGAAGGCCAAGGCCAAGGCCAAGGCCAAGGCAGCUUCCAAGUGGCCAGAAGUUCAUGCGCGCCUGUGUGAAAGGCUGGGGAUUGACUGGUGGGAAAGCGGCGUGCCUUCUCAGGAGGUGUUGGACACCCAUCCGGGACUGCUACGCCUGACGGACCGACAGUUUGACCUGCUGCGUUUGUUGGGCAUCAGAUUCCCAGACUCGCGCAAGUGCUGCAUUGAGCUGAGUCAGAACUUGCGAAGCCCCACGUCUGUGAGGCGACUCAAAGACAACCACGCGGACAUCGUCACCCCGCACGGGCAACAGCUGGUUGCUCACCGCGCUCGCUGUUUGCUAGGCUAUGAGGCGCUCCUGCUGCAAGGGAUCCACUACGGCAAAGAACAGUUCAAGAUUGAGCUGGGCGAUUUCCCUGACGAGCUCUUGCGGGACCUGGCUGGGAAUGCCUUCAACGCGCAUUGCGCUGCUGCGACGUACAUCGUCAGGCAAUGCAUCGCGGCCCACCUGUGGCAGGUCAGCAGAGAUGUGGCAGCAGCCUCUGAAGAUCCUGCCAAUGAUUUGUGCGUUUUUGAUGACUAA